AUGCGCCGAUUGUCAUUCUCAGAGUUACGAUGUCCAGCGCUGUACGCCUAUAACAAUGCAGAGUUUACAGACGAGGACUGGAAGGGGAUCCAGAACGUGGCCCGCAGCGUCAAGAGGGACGACCCCAAUAAAGUGGGCCGCUUUGGGCUGGGCUUCAACUCUGUCUACCACAUCACAGAUUUGACAAGUAUCUUGAGUGCGGGGCAUCUUGGUAUGAUGGACCCUCAGGAACAAGUCUUCGGUGCAAAAACAGGAGAAUUGUGGUCUUUGGAUGAUGAAGAUCACCAACAAGAAUUUACCACAAUGCAUGACCAGUUCCAGCCUUUCCAAGACAUUGUCGCACUUGGCUACACAGAAAUCAAAUCCAUCACUCUGAGGUCAGACGAGCUCAAAGAAACAAAAUGGCUUGUCACAUCUUGCACGCUGACUGAAGGCAACGUGGACAGACUUGAUGAUCUCGCGGAAAAGCUCAAGUUUGUUCCUCGAGUAGACUUGGCGUUCCCUUGUACUGACCAUAUUGACUGCAGUAGAAGUAGACUGUGCUGCUUUCUUCCUCUACCCAACAAUGAUUCAAACAAGACGGGGCUCCCGGUUUACGUCAAUGCAUACUUUGGCCUCACAGACAACCGGCGACACAUCAAGUGGCAAGAAGAGGACCAGAUGAACGACGAACAUGCCAUCUGGAACGAACUGCUCAUCAAGGAGGUGCUUCCAGAGACCUACCUCACUAUCCUCCGAGACGCCAUCAAACUCGUGCAAAACAAUGUCCUACCAGCAAGUUCAAUCUACAAUCUCUGGCCUGAUCUAUCCCAAGUGCAGCACAAAGAAAAAUGGCAUGAGGUGGCCCUGGAUGUCCUUAGGCAGUUGUUUGAUCAGAAUAUAGCAGUGUUGUCUCUGGCCAAAGACGAAAGACAGUUCAUUAAGCUGUCUGAAGCGGUUUUUCCAUGUAACGGCCCUACGCAACUCGACACACUGGAUGCCAUUAAGCGAGUCCUGGUGUCCCGUGAUGAGAACCUGGUGACUUUAUCAGACAGCGUCACAAGAGCUUUGAAGACGGCUUACCCAGACUUUAGCUCUCUAAGCCACGUGACUCCAGCCUUCCUGAGAGGCGUUCUUCAGGAAGGUGUUCAAGACAUCUCUGACGAAGACAGAAGGACUCUGCUGGAGUACGUCUUGAGUGACGAACAGUACGAAGAACUCGACGGUCUACAACUGCUCCCUCUCAGUGACGGCUCCUUCAAAUCCUUCACAGACAGCCAAGACGACACAGCAUUAAUCGACAGCGACACAUUCCCAAGAACCCUGCUUCCAUUUUGUCAAAGCCUGUUCAUACCAGACGACCUCAGUCCAGAAUGUGUUGAUCAUCUGAGACAACUGUCCGACCAAGAUCUGUUCAUGGUCAUCAACAUUGAUAAAGAUAAAGUGCUGAGAUGGACUAAAAGCCAUUUGCCCGAAGACUGGAAGAAUGCAGAGGAAACAUUUGUAACAUGGGAGAUGAGCAAUUUCAGAGUCCAUGAUGAUGACCCUGAAAGUCUCAUUGACCCGGACAUGAAGCUGUGCCAGGGACCCUGUGUAUGGGCGUUCAAUAAUGAGCAGUUCUCACCAGAUGACUGGGAUAAUAUUGUGAAAGUGGGAUCUGCCUCCAAAGAGGACAUGGUGGAAAAAAUUGACAGCCUCAAGUUCUGCUUUGACUCCACUGACAAAGGGUGA